AUGUUUGUGUUCCUGGGGGUUUUGCUUUUGAGGCUAGCUUUAGUUUGUAGUGGGUUAGAAGUUCGUUCUAAGGUUAAUGGAGAAGUCGAAACUUAUAUGUCGGCGGUAAAACUGGAAGGUCUUCCGUACACCAAACGUGCAGUAAACAUCUCCGUUUCUGUGACUGUAAAAUAUGAAGUCACAGGAGUUAAUGAUCCAUCCACUGUUACAUUGUCUUGGAAGCGUAAUGGCGAAGAAAUUUCAGUUAGCCGACGUAAGACAGAUGAUGCGCCCAUCCUUUCCGGAGAUUACUCUUCAGAGACAUUCUCGGACACUACGCAUACUUUGGAAGUUACUCUACAUUUAAAUCAAAAAGGUCCAGUUCCUGGAAAUUAUACUUUGAUUGCAACAAUGGAUGGGGUUACGUCUUCGGGUUCUGGCGUAGCAUAUAGCGCACCUGUUCUUCCACUGUUUACUAAACCAAAACGUGUCUUGGAGGGCGAUAUCAUGCGGCUGGUUUGUCGUGUUAGUAGUUAUCCUCAGCCAUCUUCAGUAAUAUGGAGUUUUGCAUCGAUACAAGCCAGUCAAAUGGAUGAUGACAAUGCCAUUAAUACAGCCUUAUAUAAUUUACUUCCUCUGUUGACCAAUGAAACUCACUAUGUCCUCGAAACAAGUGAUGGUGGUACGCCGAAUGAUACUCUGCGCUUCUUGGAUUUAAAAGAAAGUGAUAAUGGUCUGUAUGCAUGUAACGUUUCAACUGAACGCGGUACUGAUUUCGCCUUGAUGAUUGUCAAUGUUAAAGAUCGUUGGGCAGCUCUUUGGCCAUUUAUUGGAAUUAUUGUUGAAGUUACUAUUUUAGUUGUCGCUAUCCUAUUAUAUGAACGUCACCAAAUGCAUACAAAACCAACUAAUCUUAGCGCUAAAUGUGAUACUACUAGUGGUACUGGUGCAGUUUCUGGCCAAGAUAAUGUAUCAGCAAUACCUAAUAAUAAAAUACAAACCAAUAAUAAUACAGGUCAAAAUAAUCUUACAGUUCCUGUUCAUGCUGGUGAUGUGCAUACUGAAAAUCUUGAUGGAAAUGUUGAAGGAAGAGACCAAAAAGCCGAUGAGAUUCGUUUACGUGCACAUGUCAAAUAAGAAUGAUUCAUUAAUUAAGCAACCACAUUUUAUUUAAUCGCAAAAAAAAAAAACAACUAUCGUGGUUAAUGCUAUUCAAUGUGUAGAUGCACACAAAAUGCUUGCUGGUGUAAUUAUUAAACAAUCUGCUCAUAUCUGCAUAGUUUUAUUCACUUCACUUAUUCAGUACAGUUGAAUUCUUUUCUCUGACUAUGUGCAUAUUCGUUUCAUUACCAUUAUUUUCUAACCGUUUUUUUUUAAUUUUAAAAAACAAAAUCGUUAGAAUCUCACUUUAGUGAAAAAUUUUUGAUCUAUCUGUUUCGCAAUACCCCCUACCGCCAUCGUCUACUCUCUUUCUCUCCUUCUCUCUUACACAUUUUACGUUCAGUGGUUUGAUAAUCAUUUUCUGUUGUGUAGUUCCGAUAUUUGUUCGAUGGUCAUUUAAAUUUAUAAUAUUGUUUCUGUUCAUCAAUCAAUCAGUCAGUUAAUCGAUCAACCAACUAAUGAUACACAUACACAUGUUAUUCUGUCCAGUUCAUUAUUAUUUCCACACACACACACACACACACAAAGAAAACAUUACUUUUUGUCAUCAUAAUUUAUAAUGCGCAUUAUUAUUAUUAUUUUUUGUUCUCUGCUUAACCCUUAUCUUAAAAUGAUUGUCAAUAAUGAUUAUUUUAUAUGAAAGUAUAGAUCACCAUGGUUUUAAUGAAAUGCAUUGAAUGUUUUAUGUGAGUAUAGAAAGUUAAUCGAGAUUUUCUCGUUCCAUAGAUUCAUUUUGUUUUGUGAUUAUUAUUAUUAUUAUAUGUUGUUUAAUACAUCUUAAUUUAUUUUACAGACAAAUAUAAACACUGGAUGAUCUGCAUGAACUUUUAGUAUAUAUGAAGUGACCUAAAUUUCAUUGAUAUUACCGUUUGUGUUAUUGUGAAAAUUGACAAUAUAUGUAGAUAAAGUACGUAAAAUAUGGUAUUCAUUAUAUUAUAUAUGGGUUGGUAGAUGAGUAUGUUUUUUUUGUAACUAGCUUUUAUGAAAAUUGUAUAUUCGAUUAUGUAUCAAGUUUGUAAUCCUAUAACACUUAAACUAAAGUUAAUAGCUCCUAUUCGAGCCGUAAAGGGGCUUGUGUUCUUAAAUGAUAAUACGAUAUAUCCGACCGAGAUUCAAACUUAAUCAUCGGUAUUGUAUUUAUUCCUUCCGUAUUAGUGAUUGUGAAGUUUUCAAUUGGUACCGUGUACUCUUAACAAUUAC